AUGUGUAGUCCAGACACCACCUUUUCCAUGAACAUUUCUGAUCCACCACCACCCAAACCCCAGGAAUCUUGUCACCAUCUUCCUACACUUUCAGAGAUCAUCCAUGAAAGCAGAGCACUGUUUCAGCUCUCGGCUCCCAUCGCCUUGACUGCUCUCAUCCUCUACACGCGCUCCAUACUCUCUAUGUUGUUCCUCGGCCAUCUCGGUGACACUGAGCUUGCCGCCGGAUCAUUAGCCAUAGCUUUCGCUAACAUCACCGGCUACUCUGUUCUUUCCGGCUUGGCUCUUGGCAUGGAGCCGCUCUGUUCCCAAGCUUUUGGGGCCCAGCGCCGUCACCUUAUAUCCCUUACGUUACAUCGGACCGUUAUCUUCCUACUUGUUGUCUCCAUACCCAUUACAUUUCUUUGGAUUAAUACGUCAUCAAUUUUCAUUUAUUUACAUCAAGACCCUAACAUCACACGUUUGGCUCGCACCUAUCUCUUCUUCUCCAUACCCGAUUUGCUAUCCAACUCAUUUAUCCACCCGACCCGUAUUUACCUUCGGGCUCAAGGCAUCACUUACCCCCUUACCUUUGCAUCACUCGUCGGUACCAUCGUCCAAUUGCCGCUAAAUUACAUGCUGGUUUGGCGGCUCCAACUUGGUGUGGCGGGCGUGGCCGCCGCGUCCUCCAUGUCGAAUUUUGUUGUUUUGGUGGUGUUGGUGGUUUAUGUGUGGUGGGCUGGGUUGCAUUUGCCUACAUGGUCUAACCCAACCCACGAAUGUUUAACCGGGUGGGGACCGUUGAUUCGGCUGGCAACGCCGAGUUGUGUUUCGGUGUGUCUUGAGUGGUGGUGGUACGAAAUCAUGAUCGUGCUCUGCGGCCUCUUGGUUGACCCGCAGGCCACCGUUGCAUCUAUGGGUGUGUUGAUUCAGACGACUGCAUUAUUGUAUGUUUUUCCAUCGUCACUUGGGUUUGCGGUUUCGACCCGGGUUGGAAACGAGCUCGGGGCAAACCGGCCCGAAAAAGCCCGAAUCUCGGCAUUUAUAUCCAUAUCUUUAGCUGGUCUUAUGGGCUUAUCCGCAAUGAUAUUUGCAACAUCAACGAGAAAAACAUGGGGUCAAAUGUUUACGAACGAUUCAAAUAUAUUACGGUUAACAUCUCUCGCCCUACCUAUUAUCGGGCUAUGCGAGCUCGGGAACUGUCCGCAAACAGUUGGGUGCGGGGUUGUUCGUGGGAUUGCACAACCCACCACUGCAGCCAACAUAAACCUUGGGGCAUUUUAUAUGAUCGGAAUGCCUGUUGCUUUGGGUCUCGGGUUUUGGUUCCGGGUCGGGUUUGUUGGGCUUUGGCUGGGCUUGCUUUCGGCCCAAGUUUGUUGUGCUGGUCUGAUGUUGUAUGUGGUGGGGACAAUAGAUUGGGAACACCAAGCAAAGAAGGCAGAGACGUUAACAUGCAACGAGGGUGCAGACGGAGCAACACCACAUGAAAACGAACCACGGCCGAACCGGAUAAUUAUGACGACAUAA